CAUUUGUGGGAGCUUCCUUAUUUUAAACAAGAGGGCGGGUACCCAGGGAAUAGGGUCCGUUACCACACACAAACACAAAACACACACACACAGAGACCCAAAAAAAAAAAACCAACAAACAAGGAAGAAGAAUUUUUAUUUCAAUUCCAAAGCCAAUAGAAAAUGGCAGAAAGUGAGGAUAUUCAGCCUUUGGUCUGUGACAAUGGUACAGGAAUGGUCAAGGCUGGAUUUGCUGGAGAUGAUGCUCCAAGGGCCGUAUUCCCCAGCAUUGUAGGUCGUCCCCGUCACACGGGUGUUAUGGUUGGUAUGGGUCAAAAAGAUGCCUAUGUUGGUGAUGAAGCUCAAUCAAAAAGAGGUAUCUUGACUUUGAAAUACCCAAUUGAGCAUGGCAUUGUUAGCAACUGGGAUGACAUGGAGAAGAUAUGGCAUCACACCUUCUACAAUGAACUCCGUGUGGCUCCAGAAGAGCAUCCAGUUCUUCUAACAGAAGCUCCUCUUAACCCCAAGGCCAAUCGUGAGAAAAUGACUCAGAUUAUGUUUGAGACAUUCAACACCCCAGCUAUGUAUGUAGCUAUCCAGGCCGUCCUUUCCCUUUACGCCAGUGGUCGUACAACUGGUAUUGUUCUUGACUCUGGAGAUGGUGUGAGCCACACGGUUCCUAUAUACGAAGGAUAUGCUCUUCCACAUGCUAUCCUGCGUUUGGACCUUGCAGGCCGUGAUCUCACAGAUGCCCUUAUGAAAAUAUUGACUGAACGGGGUUACUCUUUCACCACAACAGCAGAACGAGAAAUAGUAAGGGACAUGAAAGAGAAACUAGCCUAUAUUGCUCUUGACUACGAGCAGGAGUUGGAGAUGGCAAAGACCAGCUCAGCUGUGGAGAAGAGCUAUGAGCUACCUGAUGGACAGGUGAUUACAAUUGGGGCUGAACGUUUCCGGUGCCCUGAAGUUCUCUUCCAACCAUCCAUGAUCGGUAUGGAAGCUGCUGGCAUUCACGAAACCACAUACAACUCUAUCAUGAAGUGUGAUGUGGAUAUCAGGAAGGAUCUCUAUGGCAACAUUGUCCUCAGUGGUGGUUCUACAAUGUUUCCUGGCAUUGCUGAUAGGAUGAGCAAGGAAAUUACAGCAUUAGCCCCUAGCAGCAUGAAGAUUAAAGUCGUGGCACCACCAGAGAGGAAGUACAGUGUUUGGAUUGGAGGAUCCAUUUUGGCAUCCCUCAGUACAUUCCAACAGAUGUGGAUCGCAAAGGCAGAGUAUGACGAAUCUGGUCCAUCAAUUGUUCACAGGAAAUGCUUCUAAACAUCCAAAGGAAAGAUGGAACAAAGAAUUCAUACUACAACAUUUUGUAUUGCAGAGAGGCUUCUAGUCAAGUGGUUGCAGAAAAUUUCCUUUCUACUUAUUUUUCAACUUUUCAUUCAUGUUUAUUUUUCUCUGUGUUCGUCUUUUGUUAUGUUGGGAAAAUUGGGCAUUGGGGGGCGCCGGCGGGGGGGUGAGAAAAUCAUUAUCAAGAUUAUUAUUAUUAUUAUUUUAUUAAAUUACUACUUUUGUAGAGAAGUUGUGUAUUGUUUACUUAUUUGGUUUGGUUGAAUCAGAAAAUUCUUUCUAUUACAUUUAAA